AUGAACAUAAGCAACAACUUAAGACAGUUAAAGUUUAUGAAAAUGCCUGUGAAGGAAGAAGAAGAAAUUAAGAAGAGAGAGACUCUUGGAACCUGGCUUUUAAAAGAAAUAACAAAAACAAAAACAUUUAAAAAGCCACAUACAUUUUAA